AUGUUCGGUGUCGUGUUGUUGACGAGUACGUUCAUUGCGAUCGCUAACGCGCGCAUUUACGAGCGAUGUGAACUCGCCCGUGACCUGUUGAAAAUCGGUGUGAAAAGGGACGAUGUGGCAACAUGGGUCUGCAUCGCUUUCCACGAGUCCAGAUUUGAUACGGCAGCUCGGAAUCCUCACAGUGGCGACCACGGGUUGCUACAAAUCAGUGAGCUGUACUGGUGCGGUCCCGGCAAGGCUUGUGGUGUUCCGUGUUCAGCAUUUCGCAACGAAGAUAUAUACGAUGACGUUCAAUGCGCUUUACGAAUUCACGAGGAACACACGCGCCUUCAAGGAAACGGUUUCCUGGCAUGGGUAGUGUACCCGCAUCACUGCAAGCACAAUGCAAAGAAAUAUAUAGUCGACUGUGACACUUCUAUAAAACAUGCACCUGCAAAAUUUGAUGAUAGAGCACGGCAUAUAAAAACAUUUGAGCGUAAUGAUACAGGCCCGCAGAUUGUAAAUUAUCCAGAUAUUGAUAAAUUGAAACCGCCUUAUCUAGCUGUUAAUGAAUUAUUUAAAGGAAAUAACAUGAACGAAUUUGAAAAGAGUUAUUAUAAUAAUAAAGGGCCGUUAAAUUGGCUAAAUUUUAAAAUUAACAACAUAGAUAGUUUGAAGUUACCAGACUUAUCUAAAAGAGGCCAUUUUGAAUUUACAGCACCAUCUCUGUCUACUACCACAUCGUAUCCAGCAUUCAUUGAAAUAAAACCACCAUCGCCCAGAAAAAUAGAGUCUAAUCAAUUCCGCCGAAGAAUGAUGAACUUAGAAACAAUAUCUACAAAAAGUAACGUUAAAAAUGAUUAUCUGUUUAGAAAAGCUUUCGGCGAAGUUUCGUCCAAUAAUAACGUAUACGAAGAAAUCGAUCUAUCCCAUAAUCCUUUUAUCAAUUUGCAAAAGAUAUCUGCAAAGUCUUCCACAGAAAUACCUUAUCGUACGAGAGGCUUGUCCAGCUAUAAUAAAAAUUAUAUAAAUUAUUUUGUCUCAACUACGCCUCGAACAAUUACAAGUACUACGUUUGAAAGAUCGAAGUCAUCCGAGAAAAGAGUGCCCAUACAAAAACAAAACUUUGGCUUACAAACAACAACGCCAAAUACGAUUACUUCAAGAAGAGGAAAAUCUCGUUACGUGCCAGAAAACAACAACCAUAUUUAUUCAAAACUUCAUCUUCCUUCUACUAUAACGUCGGCGUCAUUAGCGGUCGCUCAAUUCGAUGAAAACAACAACGCAAAAGUUAAUGUUAAUUAUAACAUUUCAAUGGAUAGUUCAAACAAGAGCGAACAACGUCAACUUAAAUCACUUGAAACAACAGCAUCUCCAACAACUUUUACACGGACUAAUUCAUUUAACAAAUCUAUGGAUACAAUGGAAAACAAACCGUUUACUGCUUUGGAUGGGGGAAUCCUUUCUUCCGAAAAAACUCGAAAAUAUGAAAGUACACCGAAGACUCGAACUGCGAAUAGAUCAAUAGAAAUGUUAGGAUCAUCUACAAGAUACAACUGGGACAGUUUGCGUUAUAUUCACACAACAUUAUCGACACCUCAAACCGUCUGGACAACUAAAAGCCGAGCCUCUACACCGACCACUAUAGCACCCACAACUGAAAGAAUAGUUUCUACAAAAAAAGUUACGUCUUUUACACAAACUUCAGCUGAUCCUACACCCACUGUUAAAUCCACACAAUCUAUAUUUGACUUGUAUUUGAAUCCUACUAAGGCUACAUUAAGGCCUUUUAAAUUUACUUCAUUUGAAAACAGUCCGUUUAGAGUCAGAAUAUUUUCAGAUGGUACCACCACUUCGCCUCUUUCUUACCAUGCUUCAAAGAAGCUCAAGCUAUAGUUAUUAUAUUAGAAGACUUAUUUAGACAUAUAUAAUAAUGAUACUGCCAUAUUCAGUUGUGAAAAAAAGGUGAAAAUAUAUUUUAUCUUAAGAGUUGAACCAAAAAGCAUUUACAAGUAUAUUUUUAAUUAUACAUUUAAUAGA